GCUGCGGCCCUGGGUAAACCUGGAAACGCAGGAGGCCCCUAAGCAGUGUUCCGCGAGCGCUGACGUGCGCUUGCGCGGUGCCAAGACCCGGCGGGCAGUUUGAAUUUCGCUCUUGGAGUCGGGUCCCGCCAUCCUGGGCUUCCGGUGGAGACUGGAGGGGUCUUCUCGCCUCGCGACCGCACUGAGUGGGCCCUUUGCUCCUGGACCCGUACGAGAGGCUUAAAGGAUGGCCUCCUCAGAUCUGGAACAAUUAUGCUCUCAUAUUAAUGAAAAGAUUGGCAAUAUUAAAAAAACUCUGUCAUUAAGAAAUUGUGGGCAAGAACCUACCUUGAAGACUAUAUUAAAUAAAAUAGGAGAUGAGAUCAUUGUAGUAAAUGAACUUCUAAAUAAAUUGGAAUUGGAAAUUCAGUAUCAAGAACAAACCAACAGUUCACUCAAGGAACUCUUUGAAUGUCUUGAAGAAGAUUAUAAAGAUGUGGAACAUCUCAAAGAAAACAUUCCUCCCCAUUUGCCUCAAGUAACAGUAACCCAGAACUUUGUUAAUGGAUCAGAUCUUGACCCUGAAGAACGAGUCAAAGUUGAAGAAGCUGCACCCACAAAGAAGCCCUCCAGAGAACAAAAAAUUGUUAAAGAAAUGCCAUUUAUAACUUCUGAUGAGUUUAAUGGCAUUCCUGCGUACAUGAAAUCACGCUUAACCUAUUGUCAAAUUAAUGAUGUUAUUAAAGAAAUUAACAAGGCAGUAGUUAGUAAAUAUAAGAUCUUACAUCAACCAAAAAAGUCUAUGAGUUCUGUGGCCAGAAAUCUCUAUCACAGAUUUAUUGAUGAAGAAACGAAGGAAACGAAAGGCCAUUAUUUUGUAGUGGAAGCUGACAUAAAGGAGUUCACAGCUUUGAAAGUUGACAAGAGAUUUCACGUGAUACUGAAUAUUUUACGACACUGCCGGAGGCUAUCAGAGGUCCGAGGGGGAGGACUUAUCAGAUAUGUUAUAACAUAAGGCCCUUGUGAGCUUUUGAACCAGCCAACAGUAGGGUAUAGAGGCUAUUCCUAUAGUUUCCUUAUAUGUAAUUUCUUUAUAUAUAAUUUCUUCAGCCGUUUCAUUUUCUUUUUUUGUAGAAAUUUUAAUAUAGGUUGUGUAUUAGAUGCUGUGAGAGAACUAGUAUCCGUUUUCUUAGUUAUGAUAAUAGUCAUGGUUAUGAAGGAGAAUAUCCUUAUUUUCUGCAGGUGCAUCUGAGAUAUUUAUUUAGGGAUAAAAUAAUAGGCUUUAAAAUGGCUAAGUGGGGCUUCCCUGGUGGCGCAGUGGUUCAGAGUCCGCCUGCCAAUGCAGGGGACACGAGUUUGUGCCCCGGUCCGGGAGGAUCCCACAUGUCGCGGAGUGGCUGGGCCCGUGAGCCAUGGCCGCUGAGCCUGCACGUCCGGAGCCUGUGCUCCGCGACGGGAGAGGCCACAACAGUGAGAGACCCGUGUACUGCAAAAAAAAAAAAAAAAAAAAAAAUGGCUAAGCAAUAUAAUUGGAUACAUACAUACACACAUAGAGUGGAUAUGAUAAAGUGUUAAUUGUUCGAUCUAGCUGAUGGUUAGAACAGCAUUCGUUGUAUUAUUCUCUCUAAUUUUAUGUGUUAACAUUUUUUUCCUAAUAAAAUUUAGAAUACUUGUGA